CGGUUACUGUACCCCAGCAAUAAGUCGGAUUCAACGACAACGAGGCACUUGUUGGAGAGGUUGCAUGUGUGUAGUAGUCGCCAUCUGCCUUUUGGUCGUCGGCAUUGUCUUGUUGUCGUAUGGUGGGAUAAAUGCAACUUACAAGACCAAGCGAAUUCAACUGGCCCAGCCGCAGCUCCCCAUCUCCACUGACCCGGCCGCGUACUCGGCUUUCCUCGCGAGUCCGACCAUUGGAUACCACCUACAAGAGCCACAGUCCACGAGUUUUUACGUGUUCAACGUCACUAAUGCCGGCGAGGUCGUACAAGGCGCGCUGCCAUUGGUCCAGCAAGUGGGGCCUUAUGUGUAUACCCAGACUUCGGAAAAGCUCGGCGUCGCAGUCUCCACGGCAGCUGCUGCCGCCACUGUCUCGUACCGAGUCCACACGUCAUACCAGUUUGACGCGCUUCGAUCGAAUGGCUCGGAAUCUGACGUUAUCACGAAUGUCAAUGUCACGUAUGCACGGACGUUGGCCAAGCUCGCCGCCGCUGGCUUUUCGGAGCGGAUGCUGGCGGCGUCGUUUGCGCACACCCAGCUGACGUCGUUCGAGGCGUUUUUUCGGGGACCGUUCCUUGCCCAGACCAAGCAGCGGGCGCUGGGGUCGUACUUGCAGUUCAUGGACACGUCCGUCCGGCAGGCCGCCUUGCCAGCCGCGCUCACGGCGUUUCGGGCCCAAGUGGCGUCUCAGACGCUGCCCCAACAUGCCACGCACUUGCUCUCCCACGUCCGCCAAGCGCGCGUGCCUGGUAUGCUGAGUUCGCUGUACGACAGCUUCCUCGUGCAGUACAUCCCCGCCACGCUGACCGGGCAGUACGACUCGCUCAGUCGACUCAGCCUCCCCCGCGUGCUCUCCAACGUCGUCAGUCGCAUGACGGUCGAAGUCACGCCGUCUGUGACGUUGCGCCGCGAGCGGCAGCUACGACAGGAGGCCACCCCCGCGCUGCUGUCGACGAUGCUGCCUCGCGUUUUGGAGAACAUUGCGCUGCCGUACAUUGUGCAAGAGUACAUGGAACAAGCUUGCUUUGAAGCGGUGCCGUCGAUGCUCAACACGAUCAAAAACGAACUGGUCCAAGCGGCCGUGGCCCAGCGAAUUCUGCCGACGGAGGCGCACCAAAACACGCUUCUGCUGUGGAUGCAAUCAGAAUCGCCUAGCACUUCGUGGACAAACGUCGACGCGCUAGUGGGGGGCACCCCCACGGGCGUGCCUCGAGUUGGCUUUGAGUUGAAUUCGAUUCCAGUAGCCUCCAACUCGACCGUGUCCCGGACGUUGAGCUUGGAAGUCGCGGCGCUCUUGUUUCACGAAAAAGCAAACGUCGAAUUCUCCUUGCUGACGUAUGACCGCGCGGACACCACGCGCGGGUUUGGGCUGUGGAAACAAGCGGUGGCCUUGAACGCCGAUGCAAUCGCGAGGCUCUUGGCGGGGGUCAACAACGAAGUGGCCACGCCUUCCGACUACUUGACACUUGCCCAGAUCCUUGGCAUCCGCGACUACAUUCUGUACUGGAGCCAAAGUUCCAUCGUGCGCCGCGACCGGCAACGGUAUUGGGCGAUGGCGUACACGGCUCGCACAACCAACAGCCUUCCCGAGCCCGACGUCGACUUGGACUGGGAAACUGCGGGCGUGCAACCGGGGUUCUCGCUGGUGGCAGUUGGCGGGACGGACGUCGGCUUGUCGGACGCGACUGUGGCGAAAUUAUGGGACGGGACAACUUCGCCGUCGUUCUUGAGCCCCCAAGGGUACAUUCUAUGGUCCCAGGCCAUGGCCAGCGACACCACCGCGAAAACCUCCAUCGCGACAACAUUUGGCCUCUCCAGUCCUCAACUGAAUUCGAUCCUGGACUGGCUCACGGGGGUGGUGACCAGUGCAACGUUCAAGCGGCAUGUCGUUCGGCAUUGGGCUCAAGGCGGCACGUCCCCGUCGCCCUUUAACAACGUCACAGACGUCCAGUGGUUUGACUUGGAGCCCGCGAUUGGUCUAGCUCAAGGCGGGUUUGAACUUCCGUAUGACGCUACCUUGUCGUGGCCAGACACUUUGGCCGAGAUGCUGUGGGACUCGACGCAACCCCAGGCGUUUGUGUCGACUGCAGGGUUUAAUACUUGGAAAACGAUUCUGGUCACUCCCACUGGCCUCUCGGACAUGACCACGGCGCUCAACGGACUCGGGCACGGUACCGUCACCGAACGCCACGUUCGCCAGGUGUCGACGUGGUUACAGCAAUGGAUAGACAACAAACUCUUCGUACAAGCGAUCCACCAGUGGUGGCGGGACCCCGCGACGUACCCCUGGUUGUUACCAAGCCAGGCUCCGUUUGCAUUGAACCGACCGGCGCUGUCGGCUGCCGCCACCGAAGCACUAUGGGACGCCUCCAGUGACAUUUCCAUCCUUCAUGUUGUUGGAUACAGCAAGUGGAUGACGAUGCAAAACUCAUCGUCAUCACUUUUAUCGUCGUGGAAUGCGCAAAUCGUGGCUACUUGUGCCAACUUGACGGGGGGCGCCAAUUCCGCUGUGUUUGCGACCGGUCUCGCUGGAAGUUGCGGACUGGCCACGCUCCCCGACGUCGCGGUGGUGCAAUUGUAUGUGCAGCACAUGGCCCAAGACCCAUAUGUCAAGGCGGCGUUGCUAGCGCAGUGGCGAUGCGGCACGACGGACAUAUGGGACGUCGAGCCGUACCGCGAUGGCCUGCAGGGGGGAUGGGAACUGUGCCGGAAUAGGACUACUUGUGGCCUCGCGUCAGCCAACAACACGGUGUGUGCCGUGCCAACCACCGCGUUUCAAGUGUGGGACCCGUCGGCGGCUGCGUCGCUGGUCAACCCUAUCACGUUCCAAAACGUAUGGCUGCCGCUUCUCGUUGUCGCGAGUUCAUCAAGUACUACAAUUACUACCAGCGCUGCCCAGGCGGCAGUGGCGACUGCUUUUGGACAACCCCAAUGGCUUCCUUGGAUGGAGGUCGUGUCGCAGUGGGUAGCGUCGUGGGUGUCGAACGAAGUACUGAUGUGGGACGUGCUUGGUUUGUGGAUGCAAGCCACUUGCGAUGGCGGGGCAGCCGUCGGCGCCCCCAUAACGACAUCCGUCGUAACGACUGACGCGGCGUGCGAGCCGGGGCUUGUGGACAGCACCAACGAGACGGUGUACACCAGCAGCAUGGUCGGAGGUCGCCCAACGACGUACUUUACGCCCGAGUUUAACCUGCUCAGUGCGUCCGACGUCGGAACGACCACGACGAUCCAACGCACGCAAUCGGUUAUCACCUGUGACAGUGGCAUGCGCACCACGACGUCCACGAUGCAAAUGUACACGACAACGACGUGUCUCAUGGCUGACACCGAUCCAGCCAUGCCAGGGCUUCAACGGGGCUUUGAAUUGAACGCUGUUACCACCACCCUCACCAUCGACGUGGUGCAAAACCUGUGGACACCAUCCAAACCGUACAGUUUUCUGAAUCCGGUUGCUCUCGACGUGUACUGGUCCAAGGCGGCCGACUCGCCCGCGAAGCUUGCGGCCCUGCUGCAACUUGUUCAUGUGGACGCGCCCAAUGUGUCGGCGGACGACUUAAAUGCGAUCAACUUGUGGCUCAAAGCGUGGCGCCACAAUGACCUCAUGUCGCUGUUCGUGCUAAGGGGGUGGCUUGCCCCGACCAAUGCCACCAUCGAAACCUUCGAUUUGGAUCCCCGGACGCCGGCUGUCGAGACGGGGUUCGAGUUACGGUGGGUCCCAGCGAUGAUGGCUGCGACAUCGUACCCGACGCUGAGCCAGGCGCAGUACCUAUGGGACGACGGGAACGAGUUUUCGUUCUUGACCGCCAAUACGGACAACGCGAACGUCGGGUUCGGGGCGUGGGUGCAGGCGUAUAGCGGUGCCGUUCCUUCGUCCGAGCGACUCAUCGCAGAAUAUCCCCCGGUCGCUCACGUGACUCGGCAAACUCAAACCGCGAACGUCACGAUUGUGGGCAACAUUCAAGCCGCCACGGGGCUCACCGCCAGUCAAAUUCAGGCCAUCGCGACAUGGCUGCUGAUGUGGCCGGAUCAUGCGUUCUUGUGGCAAGACGUCCUCAGUCAAUGGCGGACCCAAACGACCCAGUUCACCGACACCCCCGCGCGGUGGAACGUGGCGACUCUGGACACUUCAAACGGCGGGUCGACUUCGCUGAGUGGAUUUGAACUGCCCGUGCCGAUGCCACCCGCCGUGUCUAUCUCACCGUCUCAAGCGAGGCAGCUUUGGGAUGUAUACACGCCCUACUCGUUUCUGAACCCCAAGAUGCUCGUCGUAUGGUGCUUUGCCUCGUCACCAUCGCCUCCUCUUGCGUGCCCGCAUCUGACGGACGUGACCGGCAGUGCGACAGCCGAAUCUGCGCAAUCUUUGUUACUCGCCACGCUCUUAAUGUUCCAGACGACUGUGUACGCUGCGACGUCGUUCGUCGGGGUAUCUUCAUCCCCCGUGGACCGCGCGCGGAAUUUUCUGUCGACGGUGUCUGGCCUGUCGACGCCCAGCAUCGUAGCCGUCGCGACAUGGCUCACGCGAUUGCCCACGGCCUCGACGGCGUACCAGUACUUGAUGCUACGUCAGUGGCAACAACCUUCGCUCCCGCUGGACCCGCGAUGUGUGGGGUUCGAAGUGUCGUUUGUGUACAACACCACCGCCGCCGCAAUUCCUCGAAACGUCACGCCGGCGUCGAUGGUGGCCAACGUGGCGUGCGCCCCCCUUUCGACAGACUUGGCGCGUCGAGUUUGGGAGUCGAGUGACCCAUUGUUAUCGUUCACGAACGCCGGCGGAAUCGCGGCCUGGCUCGCACCGACACUGACCAUGCCUGGCCUGUUGGCAUGCCAAGUGACCCAAAUCCAGCAAUGGCUAACCUCGUGGCAGGCCCAUCCGUUCUUGAGGCAGAUCGUCGAGUAUAGAUGGUUCUCAUCGUGCUCGACAGUCUCACCAUGUGCCAACCUCACCCAGAGCUUGUUUGAUCCCCAGCGGGGCUUUGAAGUCGCCCUGGAACCGUCGGCCAAUGUCACUACGUGGCAGACUGUUGCGCAAGUGGUGUGGGACCGGGACUCGCCCCUCUCGUUUUUGCAUCCGUCGGGAUUCAAGGUGUGGCGGACAUUGCUUACAAGUUGCACUACGUCCAACCUAGCCGAUGCCACGUGUGCUGCCGCUGUUAAUGCUCAGCCGCUACCCACGGCGUUGAGUUUCCUCGUUAGUUCAAUCCUACCACUUGUUCAAAACGGCAAGCUAUCCGACGUGCAAGACGCCGUCUACACCAUCGGCUACGUAUGGCUGUUGCGACUGUUGGACACCGGCGACUUUUCCAGCUACUUACUGCGACAAGUGGGGAGUGGCGCUACGACCGUCCGCAGUUUGGCGACACAACAGUGGAUCAAUGGGACAGUGUUCAACUUCACCAACGUCGCAAGUCUAGCAGAUGUCGUCACUACUGACACCUGGAACGUCACGAGCCAGUCCGUGCUAUCCGUUCCAUUGCCCCAUAUGGCCGGCCCCCCUGAACUGCGCACCUAUUGCGAUCGACGGAAAGACAAUACAGCGCCUUGUGGAUUAGGCGAUAGGUACACGAUCGACGACGCGGCUGCCUCGGCAACCCUGUCGCUAUUCACGGACCCGACCAAAGUGAGUGUUGGCGGGUUGACGGUCGCGCGGGGCGUCGUGGUGCUCGACUUGUAUUUGGCCCAGCCUUUUACUACCGCCGACGAGUGUGCAGCGCAUGCGGCGGUACUCGCCAGUCUCUUUACGCGACCAAUAACCAACACCACCAGCAAUUCCACGACCAACAACACUAGUCAGUGUUGGCCCGUGUCGAACGCGUUUUGGUUGAACACGUUUCCGCUUUUGGCAGUCCCGUCAACGCAACUGACAGACAUGCAAAUGUACCUUCGACAUGUGGCCACCACGUUUGGCUAUGCCCGGCCAGCCGCGCUCCCUCUCGGAAGCUACUUGACCCAGCAAUCCGUUCGUAGUUUGCUAUGGGCCAACCCAGCCACCGCCACGACCACCAGCAGCAGCAGCUUUGCCACUCCAACCUCCACCCUGCCGCUCCCAAACAUCCAAUUCCCAGCCACGGAUUCGUUGGCGCAGCGCACACCGUUGGUCGCCAACGUCACCGGCAACCAAAGCACGACUAUCACGUCCCUCGGUCUAUCGUCGUCCAAAUACGGGUGUGUGAUAGCCCAGGUUGCCUCUCCUACCAACGGAAUCUCUGGCGGUGGAAUUGAGUACCAAGACCCGACGUGCUCGUACACGGACGGCUCGGUGUUUCCACCAGGCGCGCCGUCGUCGCUGUCGUUUUUCUGGAGCUUCGGCCGGCAAAUUCUCAACCUGACGUUCUCGUCCACCACGACUCGGUUUGGGGUCGCAUUGCGCCGAUACACGUGGCGGCCCACGGUGUGGCUCCGCACCAGCGCGACCCUCUACGACGACCUCCCCGUGACCGUCACGUCUCCCCACCUGUACAACCUGACAUCCCCCGCCGUCCCCUUCGCCGCCGGCCUGUCCCCCGACGCCCAAGCCCACGCCACCGUCGUGGACGUCGAGCCCCUAACCGGCCUCGUGCUACACAGCCGCAUGAACUGGCAAGUCAACGUUCAAAUCGGCCCCACUGCUGAGUGGUUCCCCAACCUCACAUCCGCCUUCGUGCCCGUGUUCUGGACGCGUCAUGAGCGGUCCGCUGCCCCGUCGGCGUUUGAGUCGUACGGGGACCUGACGGACGCCGGUCCGUUUGCGGCGGAAAAGGUGGCCAUCUGGGAGCUGGUGGGGGGGGCGCUGUGUGUGGGUCUGGGGGUACACCUCUUUCGACGCAUGCACCUCACUCGCCAGCGGUCCGUGCGCCUUAUUCAGCCCGAUCUCGUGGACGACGAGAGCUCCGCGACAGUCGACUCCCUCUUACAUGCCACCGCGAUAGCCGAAGACGAUGCCAAGCGGCAAUAACUAGGUCUAUUCACUGUAAGCUCAUAUUUCAUAUGGUACAAGUGUGGACUAGGAUAUUUCUGACAGCGUGUCAGUCCGCCA